AUGAUCCACGGCCAUGGCGGUUCGGGAAACCCCGAUGCUUUGGGAGGUCCGGCGAAGGCAGCGGCGGCGGCGGCGGCGGCGGCAGCGAUUGCGGCGUCCGCAAUGCCAUUCCCUUCGGGGGCGGAAAGGGAGGGCGGUGCGGAGUACGCGGAACGGAUCAUCCAGGGAACGGCGGAGCUGCGAGGCGUGGAGGGGCUCAUGAUGUCCUUCAAGGUCGCGUGGCCGGUUUCGCUGGUGCUGUCCAAGAAGAGCCUGACCAAGUACCAGCUCCUUUUCAGGCACCUGUUUUUCGCCAAGCACGUCCAGAGGCUGCUGUCCAAGGACAGCUGGAGAGAACACCAGGGCACGAAGCAGCUGGAGCUGAAGGGGCUCAUGAUGGACUCGUACCAGUUGCGCCACCGCAUGCUUCACUUCAUGCAGAACCUGGUGUACUACAUGAUGGUCGAGGUGAUCGAGCCGCAUUGGCACCACUUCAUGGACGACCUCAAGAAGCUUUGCGGCCUCAAGGGGCGGGAAUGGCCGGCAGCCGGCGGCGGCAGCGGCGGCGGCAAACACGGCAGAGACGAAGGGGAGGCCGGAACUUUGGACGAUGUUCUCCGACGGCACGAGCAGUUUCAGGACCUGUGUCUGAAGGAAUGUCUCCUCACGAACAUCGGCCUCCUGAAGUCCCUGACAAGAGUGAUGAUCAGCUGUCUACACUUCGGAGACCAGGGAGGAGUCUUCGCAGCCGAGAGAGAGGCCCAGGAGGCUGCCGACAGAGAAAAGGAGGAGAAGGAAGACAAGCAAGAAAACGCGGCGGAACUCCUGCAACGGCGGCGGACGUCGGUGGGAUCGGGAACCGGUAGCGUUCGAAGCGUGAGGCUCGGGCCGAGAAGAAGCCUCAGCGGCGGCAGAAGAAUCGAACACUUGAAGCGACGCUCUAGUUCUAUGCGCUCCGCGCUAGACACGAAGAGGUAUAAGGAGUACAUCCAGCGGUCGCAAAAAGGGUUUGACGCUAGCCUGCAGGUGUUCGCAAGUCAUCUGUGGCAUGACGCUGAGGGGCACUAUCACUCCCAUCUGAACAACCUCUGCGCGCGGCUGGACUACAACGGGUUCUUUUCCAAGACGUCCCGACGGAUGGUUCCAUGAUUUACAUCCGGCGUGAGCAUCGACCGAGGGCGGCGGUAGGGUUUUACACGAACGCAGAGCACCGAGCGUUGCGUGCUUUGUACGUGGCAGAGCCUGGUUCUACGAUCAGAUCCGGCCUCAACUUUUCCCGAAAUUUAAGGUGACCAGCACGGAAGAACGGCGUCGUUGCUUCUCCGGCAGCGGUGGUGGAUUGUAUGUAGAGCGCAGCGUUUCGUCGGCAAGCUUACGGAAUAGUGUAGCCAUAGCUGUCGCUGACUGGGGGGUAUGGUAUCCCGACAUAAUCGAGCAAGGAAGUCCCACAACACGAUAAAUUUGCUCCUCUUGACUGGCGUUCGCGGGCAUCAUUCGGCUACGGGGUGAAGCGUUGGGUGACUCGGUCACACGUGAUGACAAGUGUGUACCGACUGCGGUAGGGGCACCGCUGUGUUCGUUGCAUGGACCAGAGCAGGCUCAGCCUCAACCUUUUCGUGUCCGUUGCCAGGUUUCCAGCAGACGGGACAUACACAACCGUGCCUCCGAUUCGUUUUUCUUUUCAAGUCACAAACAUUUGUGGUAUUCUAACUCCGACCACCCCGGCGAGACAAAGGGCGGUAGAGCAGGAGAUCGAGUGGGAGAGGUGGGGAAGCGUCCGGCCACUCGCUCUGUUCGGGUGCCGCUUGCUCUCACGGAAACACGACCGGUGUCAGGGCGAAUACAUCGAACGAGAUCAUACGGAUGAGACAUCCGCCAAGGAAAAGGACUGAAAAAGGGAACGUUUUGGUACGUACGCUUUGGGUUCUACUUGGAAGUGUGUGUUGUUGGUCUCAAGACAACGAGCACCAGAGGCAUGUUCGCCCUGCUGAACCGUGUUCGGGAUGCAAAAUGGCCCACGUCCAGCCGGCUUUCAGGGGCGAGGUGUACAACUGUGGAGGUGCCAACUUUGGUGAAAGCAAGGGUGUAGAUGGUGGGAGAGAGGAGACCGG